GCCCCGCCCGCUGUGAGCGGAGAUCAAGGGCGGAGUGGAGCUCGUCUGAGGAGGAGGUGGUGGGAAGGGACUGACCGCACGCUUCAUGUAGGAGGGGCUUAUUACCUGGAGACACGCCCAUCAGUUUGGACUGGCGGAUAUGAUGAGUUUGGGCUCCGCCUCUUGUGAACGAUGAUUGGUAACGGAGGUUUUGGCGGGCACAUCUUUGUACGAAUAAACCAAUAGGGAUGUAGGGGUGUGGUUUACAUGAGCCAAUGAGGACGAGGCCGGGAGUAUAAAUGAUCUGCACGGUCCGCUCCUCACCUCAGUCACUUGCUGUGUACAGAUCUCUGCAGAGCCAUGGCCAGAACCAAGCAGACAGCGCGUAAGUCCACCGGUGGGAAAGCUCCUCGCAAGCAGCUGGCCACUAAGGCCGCCAGGAAGAGCGCCCCCGCCACUGGCGGAGUCAAGAAGCCUCACCGCUACCGGCCCGGGACCGUCGCUCUCCGGGAGAUCCGGCGCUACCAGAAGUCCACCGAGCUGCUCAUCAGGAAGCUGCCCUUCCAGCGCCUGGUCAGAGAGAUCGCCCAGGACUUCAAGACCGACCUUCGCUUCCAGAGCUCGGCCGUCAUGGCCCUGCAGGAGGCCAGCGAGGCUUACCUGGUCGGGCUCUUCGAGGACACCAACCUCUGCGCCAUCCACGCCAAGCGGGUCACCAUCAUGCCCAAGGAUAUCCAGCUGGCCCGCAGGAUCCGUGGGGAGAGGGCUUAGAUCUGCGCCCCGCACCCAACAAAGGCUCUUCUCAGAGCCACCACCUCCUCCUCAGACGAGCUCCACUCCGCCCUUCACCUCUGCUCACAGGAGGCGGGUUAACCCUUUCAGCCCUGUGAUUAGUAAGAGCAGUUCCUUUAUCCAGAAGGCGCUCUCUCUGUAUGUCCCCCGUCUAUCAGGGACUCGCUGAACGUGACCGAUAACCGCCUCCAUCCUCCCUGCCCACCGCCAUCUCCACUCAGCGCUGCAGGGGGCGGAGCUAUAGGACAAGUGCUUUACAGUGAUUGGCUGAUCUCUGGCUUUUGAAAUUCCCGCUCAAUUACAGUCCGGUUAGAAAUCAGCGGCCAAACCCUCUCCAGCAGCAAUGUCUGCCCGCACUAUGUCCGGAGUAGUGCUGUCCGAUCCGUGUCAGAGCAGCAGGGGGGAGCGGAGGCGCACACAGUACAGGGGGUCGUGCGCUGAGGCUAAGAAUCCCAUCAUCCUACUGACUUAUAGACUCCUAUUCUCUGAGUCACUAGAGCAGCACACGGGGUCUAGGACCAGGCUGCAGCGGUAUAAAGCCCUCCCAGUGCUGUCCAUAUAAUAGGACGCCUCCAGCAGUGCCCCCCACUCAGUAUAAUGCCCAGACCAGUGCCCCCAGCUCCCCCUCCAGUCCUCCGUCAGGGCACCACUGGUCUAACACUUAUUACCU